UUGGACGCGACCGCCAUUUUCAGAACUUCGCGAGUCUCUGCGCAUGUAACCGGCGCGCCACAGAGAACAAUCACCAUCAUCAUCAUCAAUCCCUUCUUCCCACUCUUCUCCUCCUCCUCCUCUCCCAUCAAUUCCUUGCGUUCAGCCACCGCAGGCUUCUUCCGAACAAACGACACAAUGGGGAACGUCGUCACCUCCUCGGCACCGCCACCGCCGAUGGUUCUCGUCCCUCCGCUCUUCGACUUCCCGCCUCUCGCCGCCCGCAACAGGAUGCUGGAGUCGUCGUACAACUUGUUGUUUGGGAAGCUGGCUUUGAAAUGCCUGUUCGAGGAUUAUUUCGAGGAAGCCAAGCAUUUCACCACCAUGAUCAUGCUGAAGCCAAUUGACGAUCCUCAUGUGGAUUUGAUUGCAACUGUUUCAGGGCCAUUGGACCACAAGCCUGAGGAGAAUGUGGACGGAAGUGCAUUUUUCCGCUGGCAAAGUGAUGUGCAUGAUCCUCAUACAUUCAUGGACAUCUAUGCAUCAAACUCUGAUCCUAUUCUACGACUGAGAUCAUGUGCUUUCUAUCCGAGAUUUGGAGUGGGAGCGUUCGGUAUAUUGCCCUUAUUAUUGAGGAGGAGAGUUUCUUCUGAAGAUUAUGGAGUCAUGGGACUGAGAUAUGGCUCCGAGUGCUUAUCAAUUGGAGCCACCGUGUUGCCUUUUGCUCUGCAAGAGGAGUUGCCAAAGAAUGCAUGGUUAGUAAGCAAGAUCGGAAGGUUGUCUCUUGGAGUACAGUAUGAGCCUCAGUUUGGUAGUGUGAAUGGUGCCAAGUACAAGAAUCCCAAGAACUGGAGUGCCGCACUUGGAUAUGGAGUAGGAUCAGCGAGCCCCAUAAGUCCUUCCUUUAAUUUUGGUCUUGAACUUGCUCAAAGUUCCCAGUUUAUUGCCUCGUUCUAUCAACAUGUGGUGGUUCAGAGACGUGUGAAGAAUCCAUUUGAAGGAAAUGAAGUAGUUGGAAUCACAAAUUAUAUCGACUUCGGAUUCGAGUUGAAGACAAGGAUCGAUGAGGCGAAAGUGUCGAAAGAUCUACAAGACUCCACCUUCAAUGUCGCUGCAUCCUGGCAGGCCAAUAAGAAUUUCCUUCUUAAGGCAAAGAUUGGUCCCUUGGCCUCAUCUGUUGCAUUGGCAUUCAAAUCAUGGUGGAAACCUUCAUUUACCUUCAACAUUACAGCUACCAGAGAUCGAAUGACUGGGAAAACAGGAUACGGUUUUGGCAUCCGUGUGGAAAACCUCCGAGAAGCCAGCUACCAACGAGCGGAUCCAAAUUUCGUAAUGCUGACACCAAGCAAAGAGCACUUAGCAGAAGGCAUCCUUAAGAACGGAAAUCGACCCAUGUUGCAAGCUGAUGUCAACUCUGGUAACUACGAGGGCCUGCCCAGAGAAAUGAGACCUUAUGGCAAGAUUCUAUAGAGAGAUAGAGAGAAAGAUCUUCCCCACCCCACCUCCCUUUUCUUUUUUUCUCAUGAAGUUGUGUAGAACUUCGUUUCCCUCUUCCUUUUCCUUUCCUGAAUUAGGUAGCAUUCGAGUUAGAAAACCCUAAAGAGUAACACUUGACAUCGUUGGAUUACCACUCUCUCGCAUCUUCAGAGGCUAAAAUUUUGAAAAUAAUGGCUUUACGUGAUUCGAACAGCUAAUUUGACGACUUCAGUUUGCGCUGCUACAUUAGAAUACCGUAUUUUUAGAACAUUUUUCUAGAAAUGAAUACAAAAAUGUGUAUUUUGAUUUUUGACUGUUAAGUUUUGACAGUGACACAGUACAGUUAGUAGAACUGGACUGGAGCCUUCUCUCGCUCGCUCACCACAGAAACUCUUCGCAAAGAGACAACAAGCAAACGCAAGCAGGCUGAGCUCGAACCGAAAAGCAAGACUAAUUAACAGAAGAGAAAAGUCCUCCGUAGUCCAGGAGGAUACAGAUGGCGGCCUCUUCUUCUUCAUCAUCGUCAUUCCUAACUUCCACCUUCUUCCCUCGCUCUCCAACCACCUCCUUCCUCCUCCAACCGCGCUCCCUUCCUUCCCUUCUUCCUCUUUCCAAAUCGUCUUCUCUCCGUGGCGACCGGACGAGCUUCUCCGCUCCUCCUCGCGCCGUCCUUUCUUUCCUCCGCCGGACUUCCGUCAGCACUCUUCCUUCUCCCUCCGCAAUUGAUCCUUCGCGGAAAUGCGCCGACGACACGACAGACUCGUCGUCUUCUUUUCUCGAUGCGAUUCUUGUAGUGUGCGCCUCCGUGGCGCUGUCGUUGUCGCUGUUCCUGGCCGAUGUCGACUCCGCCGCUGCGUUCGUCGUCACCACUCCCCGGAAGUUGCAGGCGGAUGAGCUCGCUACUGUUCGCCUCUUCCAGGAGAACACUCCUUCCGUUGUCUACAUCACCAAUUUGGCUGUCAAGCAAGAUGCUUUCACUCUGGACGUAUUGGAGGUGCCGCAGGGAUCAGGAUCGGGGUUCGUUUGGGACAAAAAUGGUCACAUUGUCACCAAUUAUCACGUCAUUCGCGGCGCUUCCGAUCUCAAAGUGACUCUAGCUGACCAGACAUCUUAUGAUGCAAAGGUCGUUGGAUUUGAUCAAGAUAAGGAUGUUGCGGUGUUGAGUGUCGAAGCGCCGCUUGACAAAUUGAGACCCAUUCCUGUUGGUGUUUCUGCUGACUUACUUGUUGGUCAGAAGGUCUAUGCUAUUGGUAACCCUUUUGGGCUUGACCAUACUCUGACUACCGGUGUCAUCAGUGGACUCCGUAGAGAAAUAAGCUCUGCUGCUACAGGCCGUCCAAUUCAGGAUGUUAUCCAGACAGAUGCAGCCAUUAAUCCAGGGAAUAGUGGAGGCCCGCUUCUCGAUAGUGCAGGAAACUUGAUUGGGAUAAACACAGCCAUCUAUUCACCAUCCGGCGCAUCCUCUGGUGUCGGGUUUUCAAUUCCAGUUGACACUGUGAAUGGCAUAGUUGAUCAGAUAGUAAAGUUCGGCAAAGUCACCAGACCGAUAUUAGGAAUUAAGUUUGCACCUGAUCAGUCAGUGGAACAGUUGGGCGUUAGUGGGGUGCUUGUCUUAGAUGCUCCUGCAAGUGGCCCAGCAGGCAAAGCUGGCCUGCUACCAACUAAACGUGAUGCAUACGGUAGACUCAUAUUGGGCGACAUCAUAACAUCCCUGAACGGGAAGAAGGUCGCGAAUGGAAGUGAUUUGUACAGAAUUCUUGAUCAAUGUAAAGUGGGCGAGACGGUGACGAUAGAGGUGCUCCGUGGGGAUCACAAGGAGAAGAUACCCGUAAUUCUUGAACCAAAGCCGGACGAGUCGUAGAUGGGUUUGGCUGAAAGCGGUCAGUUCUUCAGCUCUCUGGUUGUUUAGGCUAUAGACAGCCCUUCUGCCAUGCAAUGCAAUUGUUUCACUGAAUUUGAGCUGGAGGGGCUUUGUUGUUGUACAUAUUCUGUAUCCGUCACUGGCUUAACUAUCAAGUAUCAAUUUCUGCCUACAAUUAUUACAGUGAUGCUAACUUCAAUACAGUCUCGAGCUUGCCUUUUCAGAAAUUCCAUAAUUGGGAUUUGGAAUGCUUGCUCUUGACUUGUGGUAUCGUCGUGAGAAUACUGUUCAUAUCGGUCAUGAAUAAACAAACCGGGCUAUAUCUGUGUUCGUGAUUGAGUUUUGGAUUCGAGAUGCGUACAGUGAGAGUUCCCUUGACAUUUGGACAUGAGAUUUGAGAUGCUUUCAAUGGUUAGAGUUGUUGAAUCUGGUUGUCGUGUGCCC